AUGACUCAAGCCAUAUGCAUUCCAUUGAAUAUGAAAUCAAAAUUUGGUAGUGAUCCAUUAAAAAGUGAUUGGAAUGAUUUUCAACAUCUUGCAACACAAAGUCGUUAUCUUUCACCAAAAAAAUUUGCUGGAUUUCAACCUCAUCAAUCUAAAUUAGCAGCAAUGAAAAAACAAUUAUAUAAUCCAAGAUUACCAACUAUACGACAUAUGGAACGUGAUGAUGUUUUAUGUCGUUUACCAGAUGAACAUUGUCGUCAUACAACUUCAUUAACUACCGAACAAUUUGAAAAUUUUGAUCCAACGAGAGAUGAUGCAUUUAUUGAAUUAUUUGGAUUAAAUUGGUAUGAUGCAGGUAAAACUUUAAUGGAUACAGAUGAUUCGGCACCAAUACAAAGAGAACCAACGCCAGUAUUUGGUGCUAGAUCACGACCAGACAAAUCACAAAUAGAUAUACGUCCAAGUCAAAGUAAACUUUAUCGAAGUCCAUCAUUAUCAUGUUUACCAACUUCGACAACAUUAACAAACCCAAUUAAAUAUAGUUAUCGUAACUAUGGUAGUGGUACAUUUGAUCAAACUACUAAACAUACAAUAUGGCCAAGAUUUCAUAUGAAUACAAAAAAUUCUUUUGAUUCAAUUAAUCGAAUGCCUAUGCCCAGUCAAAUGCAGAAUAUUUUCCGUUCCGCAAGUAUGCAUGUUGGUGUUUCAAGUGCUCCUUGGAAACCAGCAGGCUCUAUUGGUAACAAUGGCUCAAAGAUAACUUCAGUUUAA